GUUUUAUUAUUAUUGGAAUGGAUGAUGAUGGGAGGGGUUUGGUUUUUAAUUCUAAUGAGUAAUAAUGAAGAUUCAAGUACUACUUGAAUACUUGAAAGCAAAUUACCAAUAAUAGCAAAAGUUGAAGUAUAUAAUCAAUCAUUUCGUAGAAUAGCAUGUCCGAAAAUUGCAAUAAGACUGAAUCAGUAUUAGUGUAUCCAUAUAUCAAAUAUUCCUCAUUCACCUGGAUGCCACAAUGAGUUUUUCAUCCUUGUUCAAAAGCAGUAAAAGAAAACAUCAUCCUGUCGAAGAAAACAAUAUAGCUGUAAUAGGAGCACCAACUAAUGUGAAUCAUGAUAUUCAUGUAACUGUGAAUGAUCAGGGCCACUUAACUGGGCUUCCAUCUGCUUGGGUAAGACAGAUAGGAACACAAAUAACUGAGGAUGAACAGUCCAAGAACCCACUUGUUGUGAAGCAAGUCCUACAAUACUACAAUUAUUCCAUAAAGAAGGGUAACCAGGAUGGCCAAGAAUAUAAACACAUUGUUACAGAGAAAGAUAUUGUGGAAGAAUCCAAAGAAAUAGACAAUUUUUCACAUUCCAAAGAUGCACACAAGAGUAAAGAUUCUAUCUUAUCAGAACACUCAGAGAAAGGUGAUAUUAUUAGGGAAACAUAUCCAAUUCGCCCACCGCGAAAAGUUGACGGUACUAAUCUAGUCCAAACAAAAAAUCUUGCACAAAAUUUUGAAGACCUCACACUAGUGAAUGAACUGAAAGGAGAUGUGGAAAUCAGAAAUAAAUCAGAUUCUGAUUUGUCAGAUGACGAUUUCAUGAGAAGGCGUAGCGGUCUCACAGAUGAAGAUUACAUGAUUAAAAUUAAAAACAUUUGCAAUCCAGGCGAUCCCUACGACUAUUAUGAAAGAAGCAAUAAAGAUCUUGGGUCUGGAGCAUCAGGUAUGGUUUUUGCAGCUGUUUGUAAAAAAAGCGGCCAACUUGUUGCUAUCAAGGAUAUUGAUAUGACAAAACAGCAUAAGAAAGAUUUGCUGUUGAGUGAAAUCAAAAUAAUGAAAAACUUCAAACACAAGAACUUGGUCAAUUUCCUAGAUGCUUUCGUUAUUUACGACGACCAUUUAUGGGUAGUAAUGGAAUUACUAGAUGGGGGCCCCCUAACUGAUGUAGUAACUGAAACGGUUAUGAAAGAAGGCCAAAUAGCAGCAGUAUGUUGUGAAGUAUUACAUGCUAUCGACUACUUACAUGACAGGGGCACCAUCCAUAGAGACAUAAAGUCUGACAAUGUCCUGUUAGGCAUGGAUGGAACCGUCAAAGUAACCGACUUCGGAUUUUGCGCCAACGUAGUGGGUAAUGAACAAAGAGAAACCAUGGUCGGGACCCCGUAUUGGAUGGCACCCGAGGUGGUCACCAGACAAAAGUACGGCAAGAAAGUGGAUAUUUGGUCCCUGGGCAUCAUGAUUGUUGAGAUGUUGGAUGGGGAGCCACCUUAUUUAAGGGAACCGCCUUUGCGUGCCUUAUAUUUGAUCACUGCUAACGGCAGACCAAAAAUUGCCAGAUGGGACACUUUGACCGAAAAGUUGCAGAGUUUCAUCGAUUUGUGCCUGCAAGUCGACGUCGACAAACGUGGAACAGCCAAGGAGCUGUUAGAGCACGAGUUUUUGAAGGACUGCAUGGAACUCAGAACUUUAACUCCUCUGAUCAGGGCCGCUAAGAAGAUGUUGCAUAAAACUUGAGGUCUUUUUCCAGAGAAGCAAUUGUUUGUAUAUUUUUGAUACUCAUAUACUAUCGAUAUUUUCUGACAAUUCCACUGCAGUGAUUUUUUGUUCGAGUUUGUAUGCACUAGAGUGCCUAAAACAGCAGUAAAAAUAUGAC